UCUCUUACAUGUCCCCAGCUUCAAUGCGCCCCUACCUGUUUUCUGUGUGAGGGAGAAAGAAGCAGCAGACUGAAAACUUGGACAGUCAUGGAUGUCUAAGUGCAGUAGCUGUUUGUGUGUCUGUGUGUGUGUCGAGUGAGUGCGUGAUGUCGGGAGACACCAGCACCCUUUCCUGGAGGAGCAUGUCUCUGACUAGCCAGUCAGAUUCCUCGGACCUGUCUCCAACAGCGGGUGUCCACAGGGAUGUCCUCUCCCAGGUGAAGAUCAUCAAAGUGUGUUUCCUCAGCAACAGCCCCAACCUGGGCAAGAACUUCAAACUCAUCCGCUGUGAGGAGGGAUGGACUGUCAAGAAUCUGAUCAGCACGGUGCUGUCCAGCGGCUGCGUUGGUCCAGAGAUAAAAUACACCCCAUGCUACGGCCUCCUUCUCAAACACCUCAAAUCCUCAGAGAUACACUGGCUGCACCCUGAUCUCACUGUGGCUGAGCUCACCCACCGCUACGAGCAGCAGCACCUAGAAGCUGAGUGGAG